UACCUGGAAGACAUUCUGGUGAAACGAGUGUGCAUAUUCUAUGCCAGCCCACCCGGUACACCUGCGUAACUGACGUCUGGAGUCACUGCUGAUAUAAACAGAGCCGCGUCGUCACAAGUAGUCAGUAACAAUGUUGAUGGCUGGCAUCGCUUUCAAGUGUAUGAGCCCCUCUGAAAGGAGUAGUGCUGUUUAAUGGGGUUUUGCUAAUUUUACGUUCUAGGACAUGGAAGAAUACAUCGACACGUCUUUAUUCUUUCAGAACGACAGUGGUUUAGAUCACCAAAUCGACAAUGUGACUUUACUGGUGAAAGUUCCGCUAAAUUAUCAGAUCUCCACGUCUUUGUUGAUCGGGGCGCUUAUUCUGUGUUCCAUAUUUGGAAACGCCUGUGUUGUGUCGGCUAUUGCUUUGGAAAGAUCCCUGCAGAAUGUUGCAAACUACCUGAUCGGAUCACUUGCUGUGACGGACCUCAUGGUGUCGGUGCUUGUGUUGCCAAUGGCAGCUCUUUACCAAGUUUUAGACAAGUGGACACUUGGACAGGUAACUUGUGAUAUUUUUAUUUCCUUAGACAUUUUAUGUUGCACAUCUUCAAUUCUGCACCUGUGCGCUAUAGCUUUGGAUAGAUACUGGGCGAUCACCGACCCAAUAGACUAUAUGAAGAAAAGGACAUUAAAACGUGCCGCUCUUUUAAUCACCGUUACCUGGUUUGUCGGCUUUUCGAUAUCAAUUCCACCCAUGUUGAUCAUGAAAUCUCAACCCAAGAGCAAAGCAGAAGACAUGGCCAAUCCCGAAGCUUGCAUGAUCAGCCACGACCCAUGGUACACUAUUUAUUCCACCUUCUGCGCAUUUUACAUCCCUCUGAUUCUCAUGCUGGUCUUGUACGGACGCAUAUUCAAAGCGGCAAGAUUUCGCAUUCGCAAAACCGUUCGAAAACCUGAGAAAAAGAGGGUGAAGUGUUUGACUGUGUCACCUGCGCUUUUUAAGCGAGCCAACGGAGAGCUGGGCAAAAACUGGAAAAGCGCAGUCGAACCCAAGCCCGCCGCGUGCGUAAACGGCGCGGUUAAGCACGCGAAGGACGGCGAGUCUCUGGAGAUCAUCGAGGUUCACAGCAAGUCCAAAAACAACUUGCCUCUGCCCAACACGCCAAACUCUGUACCUCUGUUCGAGAACAAACACGAGAAGAACACCGAGGCGAAGAGGAAGCUCGCCUUGGCGCGCGAGCGCAAGACAGUGAAGACUCUGGGCAUUAUAAUGGGCACUUUCAUUGUGUGUUGGCUGCCAUUCUUCAUUAAAGCGCUCGUGCUGCCUUUUUGUCCGUCUUGUGAUAUGCCUUUGUGGCUCAUCGACGUCAUUAAUUGGCUCGGGUAUUCAAACUCGCUUUUGAAUCCCAUCAUUUACGCGUACUUCAAUAAAGACUUUCAGAGCGCGUUCAAGAAAAUCAUUAAAUGCCAUUUUUGCAGACCAUAAACAUACUGUCUUUUCAGUUUUAAAUGUCAGAAACACGAGUUUAAACAGUACUGAUUGCUCAGAAAAACAAUAUGAUGUAUUUUAACAGCACAGGAAACAUAGGACCACUAAACAUAUGAUUGCUUUUAUUUAUCAGAUGUAUGCGAUAUCAGGUAACGUAAUGUGUAUUGAAAACAAAGAUCAUGUCCAUGAUGUAAAAAUAAAAAGUCCCACUGUAUGUUUACCUCCUGUCCUUGUCCUUCUAUUUUUGUAUGUAUUGUUUAAAUAAUCAGAUGCACAGACCAAAACUGAUAGCCUAAAUACUGUAUAUGAAU